CGCCGAACCACAGUGAAGUGAGGAGAAUUAGCAGCCGCUUUGAAGUUUGCAUUUUUGUUGUUGUUUUACAGAUAAAGCAUUUGGGGACAGUCAGAAUCACUUCAAGAGGAGAACGAUACUGAUAUUACAGGGAUCGGUGCUAGGGAUUAAAUGGUUAAGUAACCAUUUAGCUAACGCACAACUCUUUCUACAUUUCGUUUUGAAUGCCAGCUUGCUAGUUAUGUUAGGAGUCAAAUAAACAUCUGUACGUGCUAUCAUGUCUGUGUGUAUAUUUAAAUAGUAGAUUCAAUUUUGCGAUUGUAGGUAAACAAAACAACAUAACGAGAAACAUGAUCAUUUUCUUGUUGGUUGGCUAGCAAAAACACAUUCUAAACCUCUUCAUCUACGUAGCUGGCGCUUGAUGUAAUAAUUGUAUUCGCUUAACUUUUUGAAUAAAAAUGAAGAACUUGAGACCUUUAAUGCACACAAUCCAGCACUUGCUUGUAAGGGUCAUCCCUAGACACAGGUAUUGUUGCUCAAUUUCAAUUCCUCCAAUCGGAGACCGUGAAAGAUCGACUAGCGUCAGUGAGUUCAAAAGUAAACUUGCCACAGGUCCUCGAUUUAAAGACUUCAUGAAGGAUGCUUCUCCCGGAGAACAGACCUCUGGUGUUCAAGAUGGACAUGUUAAAGACACACAGACCUAUCUUCCUGAUGACCCACUUAUUGGAAAUUCAAGAAAAGUGUACUUUGAAACCUAUGGUUGUCAGAUGAAUACAAAUGAUACAGAGAUUGCCUGGUCAAUUCUUCAGAGGAAAGGAUACUUGCGUACAAGUGAACUUUCAAAGGCUGAUGUUAUACUCCUUGUUACUUGCUCAAUAAGGGAGAAAGCAGAGCAGACCAUAUGGAACAGACUGCAACAACUCACAAGUUUAAAAAAGAGGAGAUCCAAGGUUCUUGGCCCACUAAAAAUAGGAGUUUUAGGCUGCAUGGCAGAGAGGCUUAAGACAGAGCUGCUAGAACGGGAGAAGCUUCUGGAUGUUCUGGCUGGUCCAGAUGCGUAUCGUGACCUCCCUCGCCUCCUGGCCCUGGCCCACGGUGGCCAGCAGGCCAGCAAUGUCCUCCUGUCUCUGGAGGAAACCUAUGCUGACAUCAUGCCGGUCCACCACAGCCCACAGGGACAUAGUGCUUUCAUAUCCAUCAUGCGAGGCUGUGACAACAUGUGCAGCUACUGCAUCGUGCCCUUCACUCGCGGGCGGGAGAGGAGCCGGCCCGUUCCCUCCAUCCUGGAAGAAGUGCGGCUCCUGUCUGACCAGGGGGUGAGGGAGGUCACUCUGCUGGGUCAGAAUGUGAACAGCUACAGAGACAUGUCAGAGCAGCAGUUUGGCGGUCCAGAGCCCACCCAGCUUAGCCGCGGCUUCAGCACUGUCUACCGUGGACGGAAAGGGGGUCUGCGCUUUGUGGACCUGCUGGACAGAGUGUCCCAAAUCAACCCGGAGAUGAGGGUGCGCUUCACCUCGCCACACCCGAAGGACUUUCCAGACGAGGUGCUGCACCUGAUUCAGGAGAGAGGGAACAUCUGUAAGCAGAUCCACCUCCCUGCCCAGAGCGGGAGCAGCAGGGUGCUGCAGGCCAUGCGUCGCGGCUACACUAGAGAAGCAUAUCUGGAACUUGUGGCCCAUAUUCGGAAGAUAAUCCCAGAGGUGAGUCUCAGCAGUGACUUCAUCGCGGGGUUCUGUGGGGAAACAGAGGAGGAUCACCAGCAGAGCCUGUCCCUGCUCAGAGAGGUGGGCUACAAUGUGGGCUUCCUCUUCGCCUACAGCAUGAGGAAGAAGACCCACGCGUUCCAUCGUCUCCAGGACGACGUUCCUGCAGAAGUGAAACGGCGCCGCCUGGAGGAGCUAAUCACCGUGUUCAGAGAGGAGGCCGCACGGGUCAAUGCUAGCCUCAUUGGGAGCACACAGCUCCUUCUAGUGGAAGGAGAAAGUAAGAGAUGUGCUCAGGAUCUGUGUGGGCGAAACGAUGGAAACCUCAAGGUCGUCUUUCCUGCUACUCAAGCUUUCCCCGUCAGGCCUGGAGACUAUGUACUGGUCAAGAUCACAUCGGCCAGCUCUCAGAGCCUGAAAGGCUAUGUCCUUGGUCCCGCCUCCUUGAGUUCCCCAGGAAAAGUCCCUGAGACCUAUGGAGAAGAACGGGUGGAGGUCUGCUGACCUCCCAUCUCCCCCGCUCCUCUCCUGUCUGACUCUAACUUCACACUGGACAAUCAAUGGGCAGCCAUUUUGUGUUGACCUUUGGGUUUCAUUGAAAGAUACUGGUCUUAGCAGAGUACUAGACUUUUAUUUCCAUGCCCUGCUAUUCAGGGUUUCUCAUGAAAAAAUUGUUUUUCUUUAAUAUAUUUAAUAUGUGGCGUGAAUGAUCUGAGAAUGUUGGUAUCAUUGAUUUCAAUAUAUUAUUGGGCUUUCAGUAUUUGCUGGUAGAUAUUUGCAUCUAUGGGCAAUUUCAAAUAAUUGUAGACCUGACUUCAGCAAACAUUGAGAGCUUGAAGUGUUGGAUUCAUGAUGUUGAAGCGGGAGGUCAAUUUGAUUGCAAAGGACAUUUGAGUCAGUCAUUUUUGUUUUGUCGUUUCAACCAUUACUCAUCUGUGAAGAUCAAUGGGGUACAUUAAAGCUGUUCAACUGAUGAA